UCUGCUCAUUCCGUGAUCAGCCUGAAUGUGGAGAGAAAUAUAAUAUUUGGUAGUCACAUUGGAUUAAGUGAGACCAAGAUAAUAUUUCUGGAAAGAUGCAGAAAUUAAUAUUCCUAGCUCUUUUCCUCUCUAUGGCGGUGGUCUGUGCAAAACGUCCAAAUUACGCAAGCCAAGGAAGACCUAAACUUCAGGCAUGUCGAUUGGACUGUAUAUAUGACUCCGUUAUGUGUUGUGCUCCAUGUCGUCUGCUUUUCCGCUCCUCUCGCCAAGGAUACCUGAACUGCGCCCGAGAUUGUGGAUAUGAACGAAGAGCAUGCUUCACCGCUUGUGCGUACGCCGAAAAGAAAGCGCUUGCCAAUGCACCCGUGGUCGCCAAAGAACAGGCGGUUGCACAGGAGGCUCAAGCGGCGACACAUGCUGCUCAUGCGUCAACGCAUGGUGCUAAUGCGGCGACACAAGCUGAUCACGUGGAAGUUGACGGAGAAGAGACAGGCGAAUCAAAUGAAUCAGUUGAAGAUUAAACCAAGCUGUUUGUUUCUGGAAGAUGGACAAAAUCCAUGCACCAAAGCCCACACGCCUGGAUAAUCUGGACAAUCAAAAUAUCAGUAUUCAAGGCAUGUAUGUGAAACGGGAAAAAAUGGCGCGGGUCUCACACGUACUUGAGUCAGACACUGUAUAGAUGAACUGUGAUAUAACUUAUCGUACUUUUUGAAUUAUUUAUUGAAAUAUUUUAGUUUUCGUUGAUAUUAAUGUUUAUAAAUAAAGAAAGAUAAAACGAUUGAACUAUUUGGGAUUGUCUUGGUUAUCCAGGUGUCUUUGCAAAAAAAGCACUCAAUUUUUAAAUAAAGCAAAAACAUUGAA